AUGAACGCGACAUCCAAAGUGAACUGUGCAAUUCUCCUUGCGCUUAUUGUUCUGCUGGAAGUGGUCUUCAGUGCCCCACACUAUGAGGAAAAAACUGUAGAUGGUGAGAAGAAAAUGCGUCCACUAUGGUUUGGACCCAGAUUGGGAAGAAGGAAGAGGAAUCCUGGUGAGGAUGCAUACAGAGAGCAAGAUCAGAAAAAUCAGGUUGAAAAUUUGCUGGAAACACUUCAGGAUACACCAUGGGCAAUUGUUGCCAUCAAUGAUGGUAAACGGCACGUAUCCAGCUUCACACCUAGGCUAGGAAGGGACAACUACGAAGACUUCCCGUACGAAAACUACCCCGGGAUCGAGAUUUUCGAAAGAUCUCCAUGGACUCCACGAUUGGGACGAAGCCCAGCACUCUUCGGGCCCAGAUUGGGACGACUGACAGAAAAAAUGUAA